UUGUUUUUACAGAGAUUGCCUUAUCACACCAUUCCAUGCCAUGCCCGAUUCAUGUGUGUGAGUUCUUCCAUCCAAACAAAUAAGCAAGAAGCACCUGGAUGCAAAAUGCCGCAUCUCGCCUCCUCAGGUAAAGCCUGAACCAAUGGACAAUGAUGAAUGUCAAGAAGAAAUGGAUAUAAAAUAUGAGAUUGACAUUGACUACACCAUGUCCUGGCUUGGAAAGCAGGAGAGUCUGGAUGAAGAACAGGUGUCAUCAAACCAUGCACAAAAGGGUGAAACAAUCCCAGUUGAUGAAGGUAGAGGCUCUAUGGAAAACGAAUGCAAGGAAAAAGAUGGACUAUCCAACAAAGAGACAACUCUACCCACUGCCUAUGUCAAACUAGAUCGCAAUGAAGUGCUCGAUAGAAUCGUCACAGCCUUAAACCAGAGUCAGAGCUCAAAUGAUGAUUUUGAGCCAUCAUUAGCUGGCAGUGGGAGUGAUUCCUCUGCUGAAGAAGAGGAAGAAUGUAACAAUGAAGAAAUGAGAAGAGAAGAAGAUGUCAUAGAAGAGAGGGUGUCAGGAAAAACAACUCUCAAGAAAUCUCAUAUGUGUAAACUAUGUACAAAACGUUUCUCUCAUUCUAGUGAAUUGACUGUUCAUAAUAGGCGUAUUCACACCAAAGAGAAGCCUUUCCAGUGUACUGUCUGUGCUAAAAGCUUCUCUACUUCUAGUGAUUUGACUUGUCAUCUGCGAACUCACACCAAAGAGAAGCCCCACCAGUGUACAGUCUGUACAAAAAGGUUUUCCUCUUCUUGUGAAGUAACUGUCCAUAUGCGAACUCAUACCAAAGAGAAGCCUUACAAAUGUAAAAUCUGUGAAAAAAGGUUUUCUACUUCGGGUCAAGUGACUCGUCAUAUGCGAACUCACACUAAAGAAAAGCCUUUCCAGUGUACAGUCUGUUCAAAAAAGUUUUCUACCUCUAGUGAAGUGACUAUUCAUAUGCGAGCCCAUACCAAAGAGAGGCCUUACCCAUGUACAGUAUGUACAAAAAAGUUUUCCACUUCUGGUCAAGUGACUGUUCAUAUGCAAACUCACACUAAAGAAAAGCCUUUACAGUGUACAGUCUGUUCAAAAACGUUUUCCACCUCUAGUGAAGUGACUCGUCAUAUGCGAACUCACACUAAAGAAAAGCCUUUCCAGUGUACAGUCUGUGCUAAAAGCUUCUCUACCUCUAGUGAUUUGACUCGUCAUCUGCAAAUUCAUACCAAAGAGAAGCCCCACCAGUGUACAGUCUGUACAAGAAGGUUCUCCUCUUCUUGUGAAGUGACUGUCCAUAUGCGAACUCAUACCAAAGAGAAGCCUUACAAAUGUAAAAUCUGUGAAAAAAGGUUUUCUACUUCGGGUCAAGUGACUCGUCAUAUGCGAACUCACACUAAAGAAAAGCCUUUCCAGUGUACAGUCUGUUCAAAAAAGUUUUCUACCUCUAGUGAAGUGACUAUUCAUAUGCGAGCACAUACCAAAGAGAGGCCUUACCCAUGUACAGUAUGUACAAAAAGGUUUUCUACUUCUGGUCAAGUGACUCGUCAUAUGCGAACUCACACUAAAGAAAAGCCUUUCCAGUGUACAGUCUGUUCAAAAAAGUUUUCUACCUCUAAUGAAGUGACUGUUCAUAUGCGAGCCCAUACCAAAGUGAGGCCUUACCCAUGUACAGUAUGUACAAAAAGGUUUUCCACUUCUGGUCAAGUGACUGUUCAUAUUAUGCGAAUUCAUACCAAAGUGAGGCCUUACCAAUGUACAGUCUGUACAAAAAGGUUUUCCACUUCUGGUCAUGUGACUUGUCACAUGCGAACUCACACUUAAGAGGUACCCUACCAGUGUACAGUCUGUACUAAAAGGUUCUCCCAGUCUGUUGUUUUGACUUGGCAUAUUCAUACCCACUCAGUUUAGAUAUAAUAUCUUCAAACAAAAUUUCUUCCUCAUUGAUGUGUUGCUUGUGUGAUAUGUUUUCGAAAAUAGUAAGCCUUUGUUUUAAAUCUUAACUAUAGAGAGGUCCAUGUUAUAAUGUCAGUGUUUGAUUAGCAAUGGUAUUGCUAAUCUUGUCUAUCAUUCAACAAAGUGGAUAGUGCUAUCUCUUUCUCGCUUUGCUCUGUUGCCAGAUUGUCUCAACAAUGUAGAACUAAUAAUUAUUCAACAAAAUAUCACAUCUUAAUUAUGAAAUUAUUGAAAAAUAUUAUUUCUUGCUUAAUAAAAUAUAAAUGAUUAUUUCAAACUGAAAUGAAAAGUUAAUAUUACAUCAAUAAGCCUGUAUCAGUUUUGUCUAUAGAAGGCAUUGACAAGAUGGAGUAUCGGCAACGUUGCUCUCCUAUCUUCCACCAAUUCUAUUAUAACAUGGAUCUCACUAUAAUGUUAGUUUUUAUAUAGUUACAUAAAGGUAAUAAAAAUAAAAUUUCCAGUGCCCUUUUUUGAAAUUGUUUACUUCUGACAUGUUUCGGCCAUGAUGCCAUUAUGGUGUUCCAUGGUGCUUGGAGAGUGGAGAGUCCCUCAGUUGAGAUUUAUUGCCGACAUCAUUGUCUUAAUAGAUAAGGGUAUGUUAGCUUCUUGAACUAAGCCUGUUCUGGCAUCCAUCUUUCUUUUCAGCCUGUCUAUACAUAUCUUGUCUUCUGGCUCAUCCAAUCCAGGUCUCAAUACAAGACGUUAACUUGACAGUGAUAUUUGAUAGUAAAGUCCCCAGGCCACGCUGCAGUUGGGGAAGGUUAGGUGAUGGGGCCGCCAUUGCACUGCACAGGGUUAUCUUCCCAGGCUCAUCUGCCUAAAGAGAUUUUUUUUCAAAUUUAUAAUAUUAAUAAAUGUUGAAGACAAGCUACAUCAUACUCUGGUACAAUAUUGCUUUUUUAUAUAAAUUAUUGUUAUAUUUAUAUCUUCUUGCUGUAAUGAAUGAUGAAAUCACGAAUAACCUGUCAUUUAUGUAUAAUAAUGAAUGUUAGUGUAAUUCAUUAAUUAUUAAUUUCAUAUAAUUUAAAAAACAUGUAUUUCAAUAAAUUCACCAUCAUAUCACUAGCAAUAUUGUUAGUUUCUUGGUUUGUGAGCUUUGAAAUAGUAUUUGUUUCAUUCAUUGUUGUUGAAAAUAUGAAAGUUUUGUUUUAGUGUUAUGUAUAAUAAUGAAUGUCAGUGUAAUACUUCUCAUAUCAUUUAAAUAGGUAUCAUGUAUUGAAAUUAAUUCACCAUCAUUUCACCAGUAAUAUUGUAAGAAUUGAGUAUCACCAUAUAACUUCCUACAAACUGGCUACUGAAAACAUGAGUCAGAAUGAUUUUAUUCUGUUGCCAACCCAGUUAAAAUAAGAGCAGGCACUUAGCCUAUUCAAGAAAAGUACUGGUUGAUUGAUGAAUAUCCAUAUAGUUGGUAAGCUGUAAUAGAAUUAAACCAUGCUUCUUCGUUUUAAAAAGUUGACCUUCUUCAAAGCCAACCACUUACUAUCCUAUUACGUUUACAUACAUUUAUUUAUUUAUUUAUUUAUUCCAUAAAAACAUAGAAAGGCUCACAGACAAACUCCAGUACGAGCCUUAAUGACACAUUUGAUAGUGUAACGUUACAAUUAAAAAAGAAAAUAAGAGAAAAGAAAAUAAUAUCGCAAUUCAUUAAAUAUUCACAAUUCAGUAGGCUAUAACUAAUGAGAUUAGAAGAGAACGAUUAUAUUGGUCAGAUUCAGAAAGUUAGUAAAAGGGUAUAGGAUGAAAAAUAUUUAAAUAAAAAGAAAGAAGAAACAGUUGAAAAAAAGGAGAGUUAGUAGAGCUCAAAAAUAAUAAUUUAUUCAUCAAUUGAGCAGCAUAAUUUUUCACAAGAUUUUUUACUGUAUAAUUACUGUAUAGGCUACAGUAAUAAAUAAAGCAAAAACGUUUUGAUUGGUCUUGAUUUUAUUUUAAAUUAUGUCUAUUGUAUUGUUAGAUUUAGUCUAUUAUUUGUCGAUUGGUGAACUUGUAUGACAAUUUUAUUUAUCAAUAAAAGAGCAUAUGACAUGUGUAAAAUUGUAAAAUA